GGAGCUGAUCUUCCUGAUACGGGGAAAGGUUUAAGACCCGAUUCCCGCCGGCCCACAGAGCACCCAGAGGAAGAGAAGGUGUUACGGAUUCGGUGCGGAGAAAGAAGCAGACCUUUGGACAUCCCACCAUGAAGCACCCAAUGCCGACGAUCCUUCUCACGGCCUUCGUGAUCUCCCUCCACUGCGGCUGCCUCCGGGCCCUGCCUUGCCCUCCGAUGCCAGAUCUGAAAAACAUCACGGAGUUCAUCUGCUCCUCUCCGACCCUGAGCGAGUUCCCGUCCGGGUUCCCCAAACAAACCAGGCUCAUUACCGUGGAGUUCACCAACGUCUCCAUCAUCGGGGUGGACUCCCUCCGGGCGCUUCCCGACCUCCAGGAACUCCAUCUGUCCAACAACAAGCUGAAGACGCUCCCGAACAGCCUCUUCCGUUAUCUGCCGAAGCUGCAGGCCGUGGACCUCUCCAACAACCUUCUCCGAGAUCUACCGCCGGGCAUCUUCCGCAACAACACCGCCUUGAAGCACGUGGCUCUGAAGGGCAACCGGCUGGCUGUCCUCCGCUCCGUGUGGUUCGAAACCCUCCGCCAGCUUCAGUUCCUGGACCUCUCCGAGAACCUCCUGGCAGAAUUGCCCCCGUUCUGCUUCGACACCCUGGGGAACUUGACCAGUCUCGACCUCUCCUACAACCGCCUCCAGGAGCUCUCCCCGAGGAUUUUUGCUGGCCUGGCCUCCCUGACCGGCUUGAACCUCGAAGGCAACCACAUCCAGACCGUUCAGGAGAAGACCUUCCGGGCCGUUCCCAACCUCCAGUUCGUCUUCCUGCAGAACAACAGCUUGGCCAACCUCCCGGCCAAGAUUUUUCAGUCCUUGGACUUCUUAGAGAUGCUCGACCUCUCCCAGAACCGGCUCACCUCCCUCGACCCAGAAUUCUCGGACCAAGUCACCGAAAUGAGCCUCGAUCUCUCGGAGAACCUGUGGGUCUGUGACUGUCGCAUGAAGGCCCUCCUGGAUUGGGUGAAGUCCCGUUCCAUCAACCUCCUCUCCAGGAAGAGCACGAUCUGCGCCUCCCCAAAUAAACUGAAAGGCCGGGAGAUUGCUUCUCUCAAACCGGACGACUUCGGUUCCUGCUAAAUCAUCAAGAGGCACAUUGCGGUAAUGUAGGACCCCUGUAUCCGCAGGAUCAGUAUCCACUAAUUUGCUUACACCCCCCAAUCUAAAAUUAUUAAAAGAAAAAUCCUAGAAAUAUAGAUUCCUAAAGAUGAAUUUACCAUAGUGAGCGCCAGAGACCGUGCUCUGUUUACGAUUCACUAUUAUAGUUGUGUUUGCUAUUAUCCACAUUUUUGAGCAUCCGCGGGGGCAUUUGGAAUGGAUCCCCCGCCGAUACAGGGGUCUUACUGUCGUUCUCCACCUCAGCGUCUCAAGCCUGUUUGGCGUCCACAGAAUGGACGUUUUUCAAGAUGGUCCAUCUUUUAUUUUCAUUCCUGCUUGGGUAAGCGGACGCUUAAAAUCAAUGUAUCGACAGCUUACACUGUAUUUUUCAAGUUUGUCAGACUUUGGCAGCUCUGUAUCUGUUUCAUGAAGUUGUAUCCUAUAGUAUUAAGUCCUUUAAGUCUGCAUUUCUCGAGACGGCUUCGUUUCAUUAUUAAGGUUGCGUGUAUGGUUCGUUUUGCUUUUUUUAAAAAGAGAAAAUAUUGUUGCUUAUAAUCUUGCUUGCCUAUUCAAUAAAAAAAGGAGGGAAAAAAAGAUAAUUCUUUUGGAGAUUUUGUCGGCCUCUGUGGCAAAAAGAAAAAUGAUCGCUCCACUGGAGAGAUCAAACAGAUCGCGCUGUAUACAAAACCCUGCAUAGCGGUUGUUAAGUGUGAUGCUCCUCACAGCCUGGAUGGCUGAGGGCCAUUAUAAAAAAAAAUAUAUAAUACUUUGAAGGCUUUGUGUGUGAGUUGUCUAAACACACGAUAACAUCACAGCCAUGCCGAAGGCUAGGUUUCUUGAUGGCUGUCCUAGAUCUCAAAAACCUGUUUCUCCUUGUGUUUUCACCGAACAUUUAAAUGCGAACCAAUUGGCCUUCUGCAUGCAAAAUGGAAGUUCGGACACCAACCCACAGCCCAGCCCAUCCAUAAAGAUUUGAGGGUUGAUGUCCGUCUUCAUCCGGGUCUCCAGACCAGGAUGAUCUGGUUUGGUCAUCCCCCGUCCCCCCCCCCCCGCUCAACAUUUCCAGAUAACCACUUUCAGUCCCCUUCAGGUCCUCGUUAAACAAUUAAUUAGGGGCGGUAUGACUCAAAAGCGUGGGUGUGUCGUCCAGCUGGAUGGCUGGGUAGAUGGAUGGCUGUUUUAUGGUCCCUAGAGGCCAGGCUAAGCGUGAUGGACCAGUUCCUGGUUUCCCCAGCUUGAAAAAGGACCAUUUCUAGGUCAAUAUUGUUCAUCCCAAAAGAUCCAUAAAUCGUUAUAUUCCAUCUCCGAGCACCCAGCUGGAGGCAGAUGGGAGAUGUAAUCCAAGGACAUUUCGAAAGUUGCAGGUUGGGUCUACACCCAACAGGCAGGAGCCCUGAGUGGAUUCAAGCAGGAGCCAUUUCCAGUCAUAUCUGGGGAUAUCAUAAUUUGAACCCAGAACAUCCUGUAGGAAAAACCAGGGGCUUAGAAGUCUAACUACUAAGAUAAAACCAUGACUGUGCCUACAAAUACACAAUUAAAGCAGAUUCAAUACUAUUUUAAUUGUGCUUACCAUUUCACAAAACAAGGGACGGAGAGUGUUUCAGGAGAAUCAGAUGCUUCCAGCAUUUAAGGAAGUCCUUCCCUUCACGAUGAGCUGUCUAUAAUGUAUCCUUAGACCCUCCAUGACUCUGUUCUGGAUACAAACAGCCAAAUGUUCUUUGCAGAUGAAGCAAAAUUAACUACCUACUAAUUGCUAUUGGAAUAGGUAGGGGGUUGAUGCUUGGCUUCAUUUCUUUGCUUCUUUUCCUCGCUUCUCCUCCUACCGCCUUCCGGCUCUUAAUUGGUAAGAAAACGCAUCACGUCCCUCGUUUCUGACCAGCCCCAGAAAUUUAUGGCAGAGUUGCGCUCCCGUAGAAGUUUUAAAUUAAACCCAAUUGCUUAAGGAUGCCGGGCCAUUUCGUGUGAUUUAAUACAGCAAUAAAACCAAUGUGCAAAGCC